GAAUGCAAUUACGCAACCGUGCCGCUUCUCCCCGAUAAAAGACGAACGUUCGAACACUGCAGCCGCAUUGCGCUAUCUUCACGCCGAAUAAAGUGCACCAUCACAACUGAUCGAGAUCUCAUCGCUGUUGAUGCUCGGAGUUAGACAGCUACGCUCACAUCCUAGCUUCACGACUACUGUGAUGAAAGACGUUAGCCAACCAUCGCCGUCUCCGCCUGCCACGAACGGCACGGAGCCGCUACGCGGGGAGAUCAAUCGCGUUAGCCACAGCAACUCUCCCUCCUCCCCGGCGCUGCCGACAGAGGUCGAGAACGGGGCCGCCGUGGCGCAGAACUCCGCGGAGGCGGCCACCACAACCGUCCCGAGGCGGGAGAGAGACUCGUCCUGGCUCGAACUGGAGACCUGCCGCGAGCAUCUCCGGCAGACGUGCCCGCGACAGGCAGACGAGUGUCGCUACGCUCACCCCGACCCUGGGAUCUACGUGAAAGAGGGACGUGUUACAUGUUGCUACGACUUCCUAAAGGACAGAUGUUUCCGAGAGAAGUGUCGCUAUUUUCACCCGCCACUUCACAUCAAGGAGCGACUUGUGUCAGCGGGAAAGCAAUUUGGAGCAAUGAUGUCCAAUCUCUAUGUGGUCCAAGGCAACAUGGGACCAACUAACCCUCAUCUCGGGGCCAGUUUGCCUCUGAUGGGACCCAUCAUCUACAGUCCCGAUGGUCGAGUCAUGUCUGCCGCCCCUCCCAGUCUCGUUCCCAAUACCCCGUACGGAAUGGGGGCUGAGCGAAUGGACGUCUGUCCUUAUUUCGCUCAGGGGAAGUGUAUCAAUCCAGCGUGCCACAUGAUCCACCCAGGUCAGCUCUCCUUUCUCUCUUCUCUUUUUCCCUCGUUCUCCUCCCUCUCCUUUCUCCCCCUUUUGCUUCCUCUUUCUCUCUUCCUUCUCCUCUCCCCUUUCUUUCUCCUCUCUCUACUCAUUUGCUCUCAUACCUAAAUCCUUUCCUUGCAAAGCUCUCAACAAAUGUUUUUAAAAAUGGACCUCAGAGCCUCACGUGCGACUCAACCUGGACGCCACCAUCACCGUGUGUCGGGAUUUUGUUCGAGGAGGAUGCUGGCGAGAGAAAUGCCGCUAUUUCCACCCCUCAGUCGGAAUACUGGCCCAAUCGGAGCACAGUGCAGUGCCUGCCAUGGUCCAACAGCGAUGUGAUUGUAACCACAAACUGCGGUUCAUCCCAUCACUUACGAUGCGUGCCAGAUAAUUGCAAAUCUGGCCUCAAUCAAUAUCCCGAGGGGAUCGUGGUAGCUCAACCGGUUUUUCCAGUGUAUCCGCCUGUGAUAUACCCAAUGCCGGGACCCGUGACAUCUCUCCCGUCUCCAGUUAGCUGUGGGGUCCCUCUCUACCCUUCAGCAGUCCCAGUGCCAGUGGUUUUGACUCCACCCCCUGUCCCACUUACUCCGGUCACCUACAGCAGUACCCCUAUAUCUACAAUUACUUCAACUGUGCCAUGGUUGUACAAGGAUGGAAAACGGUACAGAUAGUUGAUUGUGUACAAGAGACACUGAACAGUGGUGUUGACUUUAUGUGGUGCUCUCCCCUCAUCAGACUUGCAACUGGUGGCACAACACACACAGACACAACAGCGUUCUUUUGUUAUGCUGCAUGAUUUUACUGCAUAACCACAAUAAAUGCUUGAUCAUUGUCAUUCCAUGUCCAUGUGGAUAUAUGUGUGAAUUAUAUGUAUGUCUCAUUGCUUUAAUGUGUAUUAGUUUUCAUAUUAUAA